UCAACACUGAAGAUGCAGAGAUUGUCACAGAGAGAGAGGGUUCUUUUAGGCUAUAGUCCUCAAAAGACAUUCAUGAACUCCAGUUCUUCUCCUAAGACUCCAGGUAGAAACUCAGAUAUAGACUUUAAUGAUGUCUUUGGUGGUCCACCAAGGAGGUCAUCAAUUCAAGAGACACGAUACGGUUUUGGUGAAAACACGGAUUCGUCGUCUGCUUUUAGAAGAACUGAUGAAACGGUUGCUGGAUCAGGGAAUCCAUGGUCGGGUUUAAGAGAAAAACCCGUGUUCGGUGAAGAAGGGAUGAGUCGGAGAAGAUACUCGAAAAAUGAUUUCUUUGAUGAUAUUUUUAGAGGGAAUGAAUCUUUGAGUUCUUCUCCAAGGAAGUAUGAGAUGAAGGACCCUUUUGCAACAGGUUCACAGUUAUUGAGCCCGGCUAGGCCUUUGCCACCAAAGGCUGAACCUUUUGGGAGUUCAUUUCCUGCUCAAUUCAGCCUUCCUGCCAAAUUGAACAAAGGAAUGGACCUCCCCACAUUUGGCUCCCCUAAUCGUAGCACAUCUAAAAGCAAGGAUGGCUCUUCAAAUGGUUCAAGUUUUUAUGCACAUUCUCCUCUGUCAAGAUUCCCAGGUCAGGCAAAUCAAGGUAAAGAGAAAAUGAGAAAUGAUUUUCAAUCAUCAUAUUGCUUUAGUGCUUCAUCUCAGGAGGUAUCUACUGGUAGUCAGGAGUCAACAAACUUGACUAAGUAUAAUGAAACAGAAACAAAAAGCAAUUCAGAAGAAGAUUCAAGUAGUUCAGAGAUUUCAAAAAAUGACAGACACUUUCACUUCUCAAUAUACAAAUGGGCAAACAAAGGAGGUGUACCAUUAGCCAUUCCUCUAAGGGGGAGUGAUAGACUCAAAGAAAAGGAUAAACUGCGGAGGUGCUCAAGUGAUAAUUGUCGGAUAGCAUGUGAAAGUAUAGCAAAGGAACCGAAAGCAAAAUUGCAUAAUAGUUUCCGCUCUACUGAUAGAAUGUCAUCAAAUGCUAAAUCUUUUAGAGUAGAACAUGAGAAGAAUGAACAUGGCUCUCCUAUUGAUUCAAGAUAUGAAGAUGGAGAACCAGUUCGAAUUAUUAAGGAAGACUGCAUUCCCAAGUCUGAGUCAGAAAUCAUAAGCAGGCUUAAAAGUACUGAUAAGAAAGCUUCUGGUGACACUGUCCAGCCCAGUUCAGGGGCAGAAGAAAAAACCCACUAUUCCCUUCCUCAGAUAGAUUUGUGUGUUAAACGAGAGAAAGAAACUCACAAGCCUCAAUCGAAACCUCUGAAUUUGCUUUUCGAUGAUGACAUCAAUUAUGAACAGGGCAAUGAUGAGAUAACUAGAAAUGCUGGAACAAAAGACAUUUCUGAAAAGAGUGCCAAGAAGUUUUCUGAAAUGCUCGAUGGUAAAAACAUCAAGAAACAAGAUGUGAAGAAAAGGGCUACUUCCAAUAAUGUGGAGGCCAGUACAACAACAAGUGUAAAAAGUCCCCCUAGGAACUCAUGGGAUAAUGGAAAAGAGAGAGUUAGAGGAAAGGUCAAAGAAUUCAUUAAAAUUUUCAACCAGGAUGCUUCACCAAAACCUAGAGUGGACACUGUCUCUGGGAGUCAUAGCUCUAGAUGGAAGGAAAGAUAUACUGUCAAGCCAGAGACUGAGCCAAGUAUUAGUAUGACUGAAAGGGAUGAGAAAAUUCACAUAUCUAACAUGCAAAAGAAGAAAAUAUCUCCACAUGUUCAUGUUGCCGAUCAUAUGUGUAACGGUGCAUCUGAAAAGUAUGCUAAUAGCUCAGUAAAAGACACCGUUUCUGAUGGCUCCAAGACUAUUGUUGAAGAUCCAGCAGAGUCAUUUGAGGACAACUUUUUGAUAGAAGACCUGACGCCAGGAGGGAAAAUUUUGCCACAAUUUGGCAUUGGUCCUGAAGAAAUCAAGGCCAUUGAUGCUAAAAUACGGCAAUGGUCAAAUGGAAAACAAGGAAAUAUCCGUUCACUGUUGUCAACCUUGCAAUAUAUUCUUUGGCCUGAUAGUGGCUGGAAGCCAGUGCCUCUUGUUGACAUUAUUGAAGGACCAACUGUGAAGAGAUCGUACCAAAAAGCUCUGCUGUGUCUACAUCCAGAUAAGCUACAGCAGAAGGGUGCUUCCUCAGAUAGAAAGUACAUUGCAGAAAAAGUCUUCGAUAUUCUGCAGGAUGCAUGGACUCAUUUCAACUCACUCGGUUCGGCGUGAUUUACUGUAUGCUCGACCGCGAUGUUUCAUCUGUCGACAAAAUGAUGCAAAAUUAGAUGCUCAGGAUUAAUUCAUCUUUGUUUUCAGCCAUCGGUUUGAUUCUUUAUAGGUUGUGUAAGGAUGUAGCAGUUUGCAAACACAUUCAGUUUUAUCCCACAGCUAUAUUUGGAACACCCUGAAGACCAAGUUUGACGAAGUCCAAGUUUUCCACAAAGUUGUUUAAUGUUACACUCAAAGAACAAGCAAAAAGAGGGGUAUGAUCAGUAAUCUGUGAUAUAUUUUUUUAAUCUGCUUUAAAUCUCCCGCCUGAACUUUUUGUUACCUACUUGCCUUUUGGUUGGAAUUUCUUUUUGAAUUCAAAAUCUAGUAAUCAUUUGAGCCAUGCUACACGAUUCAAGAACAAGGUUUAAUGCAUUUUUACCUCUUGUGGACCUAUUGGUUUGCUGUUUAGCACAGAAAAAAAGCGAAGGGCUGGACUGCACAGGCACAUUUGUCUUUGUUGUUUGAACAUUGUUGCCUAAAAAGAAUAUAAAGGUGAAGUACGGCUGGUCAAUUCUUCGUGUUGAUUUGCCUGUCUCUCUGGCAUUUAGCCAAGCAAAAAGUUCAGCUUUUACAACCAUUUUACAAUGAUGAAAGUUCUACAGCAAGGCUCUCUUUUAUUAUUAACUGCUACACUAUUUGUAUUGGCCAUCGAAUUUUGAAAAUUGGAAAGUUGUUUCUUGUUUCCUCCAAUUUUGAAGUGAAAUGUUCUUUUCAUUUCUGAUGAAAGAAAUGACAAGAAAAGAAAAGUUUCCGUCCACUGACUGGUUUUUUAUUCCAGGAUAUUGAGAAAAUGAAAAUCUAUAUAACAUUCCAGGUAGGUAGUUCUAGUACAUGACUAUUGACUAACAGCAUGAAAUCGCCUUGAUAAAUC